AUGGUCUCCAAACAUAUACAUUUGUUAAAAGAUCUUGCGCUUAUUGAUGAAUCAUUUCAAACCAGUCAUCUUUUUCGUAUAAAGAAAAAAAUUGAUGCAUCAACAUGUGAUGCGAUUCAUGACUCUGAUUUAACUCAUCCAGUGUUUGUCUAUACACCACAACAGGCUCCUUAUAUUGGUGGAGAAUUCGAAUUAGAAAUAAGUUUGCCACUUGAUUAUCCAUCAACAACACCUCGAGUAAAAUUUCGUACGCAAAUUUAUAGUCCAAUUGUUGACGAAUCAGGUACGGUGUCAUGUUUACCCAUACUUCAACGUUGGCUGACGUAUCCAAUGAAUUCGCGAAGUCUAAGUGAUAUACUCGCUGAAAUCGAUUAUUAUAUAACACAUUUAGAAGAUGUCGAUGAACCACAUCGUCCAACAUUACUUACUGAAUGGAAAAAUGAUCCCGUUUUGUUUAUUAAAAUAGCUGAACAACAAACAAAAGAAUCAGCGAAAUCACAAAAACGAUAA